AUGGGUAUACCGGAAGAAAGUUUAGAACGAAAACGAGAGCGCCAAAAUGCACUGUUUGCAAGAUUGGAUAUUAAUGGUACGGGAAAGGUAGACCUGGAUACGCUUCAAAGUGCUUUGAAUUUAUUGGAUCAUCCUUUGCGUCAAAAUCGUGAGGCUGUAGAGUGUCUGUUUAAAGCACUUGAUUGGAACAAGGAUUCGUUUGUAGAUAUAGAGGAUUUCCGACGUUAUAUGGAUGUUGCCGAGAAUCAAAUCAAGCAGGGAUUCGAACAGAUAGACAAGGACUCGGAUGGUAAGAUAUGUGCGGAAGAAAUAUCAAACUAUCUAGAGCAUGCGCGGGUAGCGUAUGUUGAUGGAAAGACUAGCAACAGGUUCACCCAGUUUAUUCAAUGGGCGUUUUUACAGCGUAAGUCCCCUAAGACACAAGUUGAUAGUAGCAAUGGCUAUAUUACAUACGAUCAAUGGAGGGAUUUUCUACUACUGAUGCCCCGGAAACAAGGCUCCAGAUUAAACACUGCUUAUUCGUAUUUCUACUUAUUUAAAGAAGAUGUGGAUUUGUCCUCAGAGGGUGAUAUGACGCUCAUAAAUGACUUUAUUAAAGGAUUUGGCUACUUUUUGGCAGGAGGGUUUGCAGGUGUCAUAUCUCGUACUUGUACUGCUCCUCUGGACAGAAUCAAAGUUUUUCUUAUUGCCAGAACGGAUCUGGCUUCAACGUUACUGAAUUCGAAAGAGUCACUGGUCCACCAUAAUCCGAGGGCCGAUAUUUCUAAGAUACGCUCACCCAUCAUAAAGGCUGCGUUAUCGUUAUAUAAACAAGGUGGUUUACGUGCGUUUUAUGUGGGAAAUGGUUUAAAUGCAAUAAAAGUGUUUCCAGAGUCAGCAAUUAAAUUCGGUUCUUUUGAACUAGCAAAGAAGCUUUUAGCCCCCCUUUCGGGAGUUAAAGAUCCUAGUGAGCUAUCAAGAUUUAAUACCUACGUAGCAGGAGGUAUUGGUGGUAUCAUGGCACAGUUCGCUGCAUAUCCUAUUGACACGUUGAAAUUUCGCAUCCAGUGUGCACCAUUAUCUAAAACUAUGAAAGGUACACCACUUCUUAUGAAAACUGCGAAGGAUAUAUACCUUGAAGGAGGACUUAGAGCCUUCUAUAGAGGUUUUUUAGUUGGGAUAAUGGGCGUGUUCCCAUAUGCUGCAUUGGAUCUCGGAACGUUCUCAGCAUUGAAAGCCGCUUACAUCAAACAUCAAUCAACUAAAUUAAAUAUCAAUGAGGAUGAAGUUUCUCUAAGCAAUUUAGUUGUCCUGCCGAUGGGUGCAUUCAGUGGGACAGUUGGUGCCACGGUUGUGUAUCCAAUUAAUUUGCUAAGAACGAGACUGCAAGCUCAAGGUACAUUUGCUCAUCCACAUCGGUAUGAAGGAUUUAGAGAUGUUUUUGUAAAGACCGUUCAAAGAGAAGGGUAUCAAGGAUUGUACAAGGGUCUAUUGCCAACUUUAGCUAAAGUUUGUCCAGCAGUCUCCAUUAGUUAUUUGUGUUAUGAAAACUUGAAAGGGCUCAUGAAGCUAGAGUAA